AUGUUGGGCCGUGGCUUGCAUCAAGUCAAAGUUGAGAAAUGGAAGGCUUCCGCAUCCGUCAAGGUCACAUCACGUCACGCGUCCAUGUCCAUGUCCAUGUCCAUGUCAACUGGUCCCCUCUGCUUCUAUAUCCGUCGCAUCUUCAGUGCACCAGUCAGCAACCUUUCAGCGUCCAUGUCACUCAGCAUCACCUCAGCCACCAGACCAAAACACUUGAGCCCAGCCCGUGCAGCCAGCCUUUGUUCCAUCUUCCCUUGCCGUGCGUCCAUGCUCAACUUUGAACUCCAACUUCCUCCUCUUCUCACCAAGCCUCAUGUAUUACUGUCGCUUACUCUUCCCAGUCACACCUAG